UGGGAGGAGUUUGAUACUAAUUAGAUUAGCAAACACAGUUGCAGUCUCCAUUUCGUUAGUCUCAUAAUACAACAUAACUGGAGGCCAUUCAGGCGCAUGACCAACGUGCUUUACGUUCUUUUCGAGGCACGGGAGAGUACGCACACUUUCCAAACUCCAGACCUUCAACUAAAAAUUUCUACAGAAAAAUUCAAUAACAUUUUAUUGGUCCGCCCUGGGAUUUGAACCCAGCCUUAUAUUCAGCCAACGAAGCAGUUAAUUUAUACGUACUUUUAGAUAAGCAAAGUACUGAGUACAAAGUUGUACUAACUAAAAUUUUGUAGAGAAACAUACCAUUUUGUGAACUAAGGUCCAUAUUACAGACCCAAGGACAUAGUAACAAGUGUUCGUGGCUUUGGUAACCUUUGACAAAUUAGGAAUUUGUCUCCAGAAAUGAAAUCAGAUGUCAGAGAAAUUGUAUCCAGGACAGAUAUAAACAGUGUUUUUGUUACUUUCGAACAUGUAAUAUAAAUCUCUUUCAUCAAGUAAUUGAAGACAAGUAAUCACUUUCCCCAAUAGCGGAACUUUUCGAUCACUAUCGACUCCGAUUAAUAUGCUGACAGCACCCAAACUCCGCGUCGCUAAUAUAUAAUACAGCCAAAUAAUCAAGCGUUAUGUUGUAAUGAGGUUAGAUACAUAUGCUUGGCAAUUAAAUAUUUUUGUAUAUAAUAUUACACCAGAAUAAAUUAUCCUAGUCUUUCAUAUGGAGCCAAUUUCUCUGUGAUAAAAAAAUAUUAACUUUCUUCUCAAUUUCAUAAAACUUAAAGACAAUGCAUUUCAUUGUCUCCAGACAAGGAUCACUAACGGCCUUACUAUAAACGUUGUUUAGUGGGUGAUUAGUUAAGUAACGCUGUGUUUUCAUCAUUCGAACGUCAAAUUAAUAAUGUUAAAAAGUCUUAAAUCAGUGUUUAAUUAAACAAUGGAUAAGCAACGCAUAUUAGUAAGACCCCUUUAUCGGUUUAUUUCGUAUUUAUAACUCAUUUUGCAGUAUACACUUAUGUAUAUCUUCCAAACAGUGGUGAUAUACCUAUUCGUUUAUAUGCUUGAAUAGGCUCGAAAACUUCUAAGGGAAAUUUUGCGCUCCAGAAGUGUCCUACUUACGAGCAGCUACCGUGCCGUUUGAAAUUGAAUUUUUAUUUUUAUCGAAAAUUGCAGAAUUUUAUAAUUUUUCUCUUUUUAUACUUAUUUUUAUGGCAUAAACUGAAUACUUACUUACUUACACCAAAUGGUGUAGUUAAAGGUAAUGUUGUUUAUUCAAGUCGAUAUCAAUUGAAAAAAAACACGUUCUUUUAUUUUAUUAUCUGUGAAAAUAAUUAGCCUAAAUUCAAAUUUUGUUCACCUUAACCAGUUUUGCGAUUACAUCAUUCAACACAAAUACGCAGUUCAAUUUGUUGUUCAAACACUUGAAAAAAAUCCUUACAACAUACACAAUAUUCAAUGCAAACUGCAUUAAAGCCUACGCAGAGUUGGCGUCGGUCUCAAUCGUAAUCAUAAAUUCAUUGCCACACUUAGGAAGCGCUGACAAACCAAAACUAUGGAGCGAAACCUACACUCAUAUGGAGAACGUAAUAAUUCAAUACCAACUAACCGUUUAGUUCUUAGAUCGUCACCACACAGGGCGGACAGAGUUAUGUGAUAGAAAAAUUAGUUCAGUGGCCUAAAACUUUCGAAACCUUUUACGCCGUACCUUAAAAGGCACAGACAUGUCUAAGCUAAAUGUAACAAAUUUUAGCAACAGAACCGGAAGCCCGUUUAAGACAACUGAUAAUAAUGACAAACAAGAUGGGAAAGUGCACGAGGAAGUGUUACAGAAGACAAAUUAUGAUAUACAGAAGGAGAAGAACAAUGAAUUAUUGCAAAAAGUUAACAAAAAAACAGCAGAGUAUCAAUCAAAUAAACCAAGUUCCGGGGUGUUUACUGAAGUGGUAACUCAUGGAGCAUUUACGACAAAGAAAACUGAAAAAGAAAAGUCACCUAAACCUGAAAUCGCGCAAUCUGCUAAAGCAAAUAAUGGAAACAGUUCCAAAUCAUUUCUAGGCUUUCCGUCAUCCGCUAAUGAUUUAGCACUGGAUGCGAAAUCAGACCUCGAAUCAGAUCCUAAUAUUACCAAAGAAGUCAAAGAGAAGGUUAUCGAGAAGCUAUUCACUUUAGUGUCUAUGGUGCAACAUGUUUACGAGUCAAAAGUACGAAUUAUGUCAGAAUACGAAAAGUUUAAGGAUACCCAUUUAAAGAACGAAAUUAGGAAAGAAAAGGAUUACUCAGAGCAGUUAUACAAGCUGAAUAUGAAUUUCCAGAACGAGGUGAUACAGUCGAUCCAGCAACUAAGGAGCGAGUUGGACCUGUCACGGAAUAUUUUAAAUAACUCGGAUGAUUCAGGGGCUGAGAUGAACUUCAAGGAAAUGUGUCUAAAUCGUGACUCAGAUGUUUCACAAACUGUUCAAACGACAAAUAUUAGCUUUUGUGAUGCAAGUAAUAAUUAACUCUUAAUAAAAUAUUCAUUACGUUACAUAAAAAUUAUGCACUUGUAAUAGAAUUUCAUGUAAAUAAAGCUAGUUAAACAUUUGUAGUUUUAUUAAAUCAGCAAAUAAUCACACUUGACGUUACCAACAAUCAAUGUGCUAAUAAUAAAUUUGAAUACAUAAAAUAUGUUGUAAAGUCAAGGUUAGCAAGAAGUUGAGGAUAGUAUUAUAUAAAAUAA